CACUGGGACCAAGCUCUGCUUUCUGACUCCAGGCAGCUGGUCUCCACAGCAGGGAGGACCCUCACUGGCCGCUCUGACCCCAGUGUGUCCUGAACUGAGGAGUCUAGGGGUCGUAGGGAGGGAGGAGUGUCUGCUUCACUCUCAGGGGAGCCCAAGGGACGGCAGCAGGAUGGGUGGGCGGCCCUCAAGCCCUCUGGACAAGCGGCAGCAGAAGCAGCUGAGAGGCCAGGUGGACACCCUACUGAGGAACUUCCUGCCCUGCUACCGUGGGCAACUGGCAGCCUCGGUCCUGUGGCAGAUCUCCCAAGAGCUGGGCCCCCAGGAGCCAGCCGGAUGCCAGCUACUGCACAGCAAAAAGCUGCCCCGAGUCCGUGAGCACCGAGGGCCCCUGACCCUGCUACAGGGCCACCCACCCCAGUGGCAGCCAAUCUUCUGUGUCCUGCGUGGGGACGGCCGUCUGGAGUGGUUCAGCCACAGGGAGGAAUAUGAAAAUGGGGACCAUCCCCUGGAAUCCACACCCCUGACUGGGUACACAGUUUUGACUUCCCAGAGUGAAUAUCUGCGCCUCUUGGAUGCUCUGUGCCCAGACUCCUCGGGAGACCAUACACAGGAAGAGCCUGACCUGCUUUUGGAAACUCCUGUUCAGUUCCCCCUGUUCCUGCAGCACCCAUUCCGCCGGCACCUCUGUCUCUCUGCAGCCACAGGGAAGAUGCAACAGGCCUGGAGCCUAGCCCUGCAGGGCGGCAUCCGGCUUCGAGGCACAGUUCUGCGGAGAAGUCAAGCCCCCGCCGCCCGUGCCUUCCUGGAUGCCAUACGGCUCUACCGGCAGCAGCGAGGCCAUUUUGGCGACGACGACGCGACCCUGGGCUCAGAUGCCGAGGUGCUGACUGCGGUACUGAUGCGGCAACUGCUGCCUGAGCUGCGAUCCCAGACUCUGCCCGGCCUGCGGGAGUCCGGCCGCGCCCGGGCCUGGUCCUGGACCAAGCUCCUGGACGCUGUCCACGCUGCAGUCCUGGCCGGGGCCUCCGCGGGGCUCCGCGCCUUCCAGCCCGAAAAGGACGAGCUUCUCGUGGCUCUGGAGAGAACGAUCCGACCUGACGUGGAACAGAUGUUGCAGCUGCAAGCGCGGGUGGCUGGGAGGCUUCAGGCCGAGGUCCAGGGUCCCCUCGAAUCGUGCCUGCACAGGAAGGUGGAUAUGCAGCUGCCCCGGGUCACGCAGACGCUGCUGAGCACCUUGGAAGCCGAACUCACGGUGGUGCAGACCCUUCUAACCCAGGGUAUGGACCGCCUCUCCCGCCACCUGCGUAGGAGCUCCUCAGGUGCCCGCCUGCGGAAGGAGGUUUACUCAUUUGGGGAGAUGCCAUGGGAUCCAGAGCUGAUGCAGACCUGCUACCACGAGGCUGAGCAGAGCCGGGGGCGCCUAGGGCAGCUUACAGCACCAUUUGGCUUCUUUGGAACACAGAGCCUGGUGUUUGGUGCCCAGGAUCUCGCACAGCAGCUCAUGGCUGAUGCCGUGGCCACCUUCCUGCAGCUGGCUGACCAGUAUCUGACCACGGCCCUAGACUGUGACCAGGCUGCCCAGCAGCUGGAGAAAGUUGGGGGGCGUGUGCUGAAGAAAUUCCGGUCGGAUAGUGUCGCACGGAGGAAGUUCAUCCAUGGCUGGCUGCUCUGCAUCUUCUUGCCCUUCGUGUUGAGCCAGCUGGAGCCAAGCUGCAAAGCGGAGCUGCCUGAGUUUGAAGAGGUCCUUGCUAUGGGCAGCCCUGCCCUGACCAUUGAAGGCAUCUAUGAGGAUGUCGUCCGGGGUGUCCUGCUGCAAAGGAUCAAUCAAGAACUGAAAAAGGCCCUCGGUGCCAGCAACGUGUCCUGCACUCUGGAUGACUGUUCAGAGGCUCCAUGGGACCAGGCAGGAGCAGAUGUGGUAACUGAGGCUCAGAGAGGGACUUGCUCCAAGCAACCAGGCUCUGGCACCAAGGUUCAGCCACUCUGCCCACUGCCUCCUCCAGGGACAUUCCAGAGCUGAAUCUUGGCCCACAUUCAUCAUCAUUCCCAAGGAAUAAAUGUCUACCAGUGGAA